GAUGACAUUAAGUCUUUUAUUUUUGGCAGUUGGAGUUUUUGCCGAAACUCAAGAGUGUCCCAAUUCUGCCACACCUACAUACAUCCCAGAUACAUCAAAUGCAGCAUAUAUUACGAAUGUAUUAGGGGGCACCAAUAUCAGCUUGUGUGUCCCCCAGGACUCCUUUUUAAUACGGAUACUAAUUACUGCGAUGUUGCAGAAUAUGUUAAUUGCAAUGAUAAUACUAAGGAUCCAUUAUGUCCCUCGGCACAAGGAACUUCUAACGUGGUGUAUUCUGAAGACUGCAGCAAAUUCUAUAGGUGUGUAGAUGGAAAGAAACAAUUAAAAAAUUGCCCUGAAAAUAUGUACUUUAAUUCCAAAACAAGUGGAUGCGACUACAUGGACAAUGUGGAUUGUGGCUCUGUACCAGCUCCAACGAUUCCUUCAGUUGCUACCGAAUCAUCACCUGCAACUAGGUCACCAAGCACUCCAACAGUAGCUCCAACUACCACAGGUCCCAUAGAUCCCACUUGUCCAGCAUCAUCAGGUAUAAUAAAAAUCGUCGACCCCGAUGACUGCAGCAAAUACUAUGAGUGCAACCAAGGAACUAAAUCACUAAAGAGCUGUCCAGAAAAUAUGUAUUUCAAUCCUGAAACGCUUCAAUGUGAUUAUAUGGAUAACGUAGAUUGCCAGGCCAUACCAACAAGACAAACAAAUCCAGCCACAGAAAGUACUCGGGCUUCAACAGUAACUACAACUACAAUAGGUCCAAUAGAUCCAACUUGUCCAGCCUCGUCAGGAAUUACAAAAUUUGUUUACCCCGAAGAUUGCAGCAAAUACUACGAGUGCAACCAAGGAACUAAAUCACUAAAGAAUUGCCCAGAGAAUAUGUAUUUCAACCCUGAAACGCUUCAAUGUGAUUAUAUGGAUAAUGUAGACUGCCAGGCUGUACCAUCACGCGCAACAAAUCCAGCGACAGAAAGUACGCGGGCUUCAACUGCAACCACAACUACCACUGGUCCAGUUGAUCCAACCUGCCCAGCAUCGUCAGGAAUUUCAAAAUUCGUUUACCCAGACGAUUGCAGCAAGUAUUAUGAAUGUAACAACGGAAAGAAGUCGUUGAAGAACUGUCCAGAAAAUUUGUACUUUAACCCCCAAACUCUUGAGUGUGACUAUAUGGAUAGUGUGGACUGUAAGUCCGUGCCAUCAUCCACUGCAGCGCCAAUUACCCCCACUACCGCUAUUCCCACCUACACAACUGUCGUUCCAGAUAACCCCACAACAACUGAUCCAGUUUGCCCUACAACCGGUUCUACCAAUGUAAUCUACCCAUACGAUUGUAGUAAGUUUUACAGAUGUGUCAAUGGUCAGAAACAACUAAAGAAUUGUCCGGAAAAUAUGUACUUCAAUCCAACGAUGGGCUCGUGCGAUUACAUGGAUAAUGUAGAGUGCUCUGUGACACCUUCACCAGUUGAUUCAACGACAGCAGCCCCUGUAUCGACUUUACAGCCCGAAACUACAAGUACAGCUAAACCUACAAAUGCUCCUGUUACUACAUCCACUUCUGCAUCUAUAACUACAGUAGCACCAUCUAAUGUAUGCGAAGGUAAAGCAAAUGGAGCAUUUGUGGCUAACCCUGAUAAUUGUAGACAAUAUUACGAAUGCGCCAACGGUCAGGCGUACUUAUUUGACUGUCCAACUGGAACAAUCUGGAACGAGGUUAUAAUGAGCUGCAGUUACUCAGAAAACGAAUGUUAG